UGUUGUUAUUGUGGGGCUGCUCUGCGCCCUACGAAGAUGGCGGCCGGGCAGGGGGGCGGUGGCGGCAACGGCAACGGCGGCAACGGCGGCACCAGCAGCAGCGGUGCUAGCAGCGGCACCAGCAGCACCACCACCACCACCAGCGGCAGCAGCAGCACCGCCGCCAAUGCCAAUGGAGCGGGGGGACUGGGGAUCCCCGCUCACCUCACCCUCUCCUUCUCGGCCGGGCCGCACUGGGGCGCGGCGACUCUGCCGCAGCCACACACGGUGCGCAGCCUGGACCGGGCCCUGGAGGAGGCGGGCAGCUCGGGCAUCCUCUGCCUCAGCGGGAGGAAGCUACGCGACUUUCCGGGCAGCGGCUACGACCUCAGCGACACCACGCAAGCAGAUCUUUCAAAGAACAGAUUUACUGAGAUUCCUCCUGAUGUCUGGCUGUUUGCCCCACUAGAGACUUUAAACUUGUAUCACAACUGCAUCAAAUCCAUUCCAGAAUCCAUCAAAAACCUGCAGAUGCUUACAUACCUGAACAUCAGCCGAAAUCUCUUAUCAACGUUGCCAAAAUACCUGUUUGAUCUUCCACUGAAAGUUCUGGUUGUCAGUAAUAAUAAGCUGGUCUCCAUUCCAGAAGAGAUUGGGAAGCUGAGAGAUCUGAUGGAGCUGGACAUCAGCUGCAAUGAGCUUCAGGUUCUUCCCCAGCAGAUAGGAAAACUACAGUCACUUAGAGAAUUAAACAUAAGAAGAAACAAUCUCCAUAUGUUGCCAGAUGAGCUGGGAGACCUGCCCUUGGUAAAGCUGGAUUUUUCCUGUAAUAAAAUUACUGAAAUCCCCAUUUGUUACAGAAAACUACGUCACCUACAAGUGAUAGUUUUGGAUAACAACCCAAUGCAGAUCCCUCCAGCACAGAUCUGUUUAAAGGGUAAGGUACAUAUCUUUAAAUUCCUCAGCAUCCAGGCGUGCCUCAGAAUAGACAAAAAGCCAGAUUCCUUGGAUCUUCCCUCCUUAGGGAAAAGAAUCCCCUCCCAGCCACUCACAGACAGCAUGGAGGACUUUUAUCCCAACAAAAAUCAUGGACCAGACUCUGGCAUUGGAAGUGAUAAUGGCGAUAAAAGGUUGUCCACAACAGAACCAUCUGAUGAUGAUACCAUCAGCCUUCACUCCCAGGUGUCAGAAUCGACAAGAGAACAGACAUUAAGGAAUGACAAUCAUGUCCUGGGCAGUAAACUCGAGCCACAGAAAGACCAGGAGGUGUACGAUUACAUCGAUCCCAACGCCGAAGAGGGAGCCGUUCCUGAGCAGAGAGAUCCACAGAUUGGACCACUGCUGUCUUUCAUCAAGGAGCGUGGGAAGCAUCCUGAGAAGUCCCAGAAGAUAGAACAGAGUGAGGACUGGGCAGAGGAAAAAAGACUUCAGAAAGAGCAGCUGCUGGCUGAAGAUGAUGAUGAGCUCAAAGAAGUGACUGACCUGAGAAAGAUAGCAGCUCAGUUACUGCAGCAGGAACAGAAACACAGGCUUCUCAACCAUUCAGUUUCAGUCAAUGCAAGGAACAGGCCAAAGCAGCAAAUGGAGUCUGAGAAAUGUGUCUCAACAGAUGCAGUGAAUUCCUCUGUGUCCCCAUACAGCUGGCAGCCCUUAGAAAACCAGAAGGAGUCAGUGGAUGAGCAGCACUGGCCAGAAACUCAGCCAGUGAUAUGGCAGAAUGAGGAAAGGAGGAGAAGUAAACAAAUCAGAAAAGAGUAUUUCAAGUACAAGUCUUCCAGGAAGAGCUCCAGCGGCAAUGAAAACGAUGAGCAAGACAGUGAUCAUGCUAAUGUGUCCCCACAGUCUCCUGUGUCGUCUGAGGAUUAUGAAAGGACAGAGAGUAACAUUCAUGGCCCAUUUGGUCUCAAACCAAGGUCAGCUUUCAGCCGUGCCUCCCGCCAGGACUACGGAGCAGUGGACCCUGGCUUCACCAUGCGCAGGAAGAUGGAGCACUUGAGGGAGGAGCGGGAGCAGAUAAGGCAGCUGCGCAACAAUCUUGAGUCAAGGUUGAAGGUGAUUCUGCCAGACGACAUUGGGGCCGCGCUGAUGGACGGGGUCGUGCUUUGCCAUUUAGCCAACCACAUCAGACCGCGCUCCGUCGCCAGCAUCCACGUCCCCUCCCCUGCAGUGCCUAAACUCAGCAUGGCCAAGUGCCGAAGAAACGUUGAAAACUUCCUCGAUGCUUGUAAAAAACUGGGAGUGCCACAGGAGAGACUUUGCUUGCCUCAUCACAUCCUGGAAGAAAGGGGUCUGGUGAAGGUUGGCCUCACAGUUCAAGCUCUGCUUGAGCUGCCUGCAUUGAAAGUGUCUCAGCUUUCCUCCAUGUGACAUGACUUCUUGGAAGCCAGACAGCCUAACCAUUCCAUGUGUUCAAUUGGAUUGCUCUGGGGCACUUCAGCUUCCGACAGGGGAGCAUCCAAGCCAUCCAAGACCAUUGUCUCUGUCCAGAUGCUGUUGAGGACCUUCCUUUGGAGCUGUGGGUGAACAGCUUGGAGCCAGCUGCCAGUUACAAGAACAUCCUCACUCUCCUUUUCUUCUGUGAUGGGAUGCACAAGGAGGUUGUGGUAGCAUCGAGUUCUCUUUCCACUUCAUUUCAGUUCAGAGCUGGACAUCUCCCAGUGUCACAGUGAAAUGCUGGAUUCCUUUUCCUACAUGGCAAAAAGCCUGGAUUAUUUUAGAAGUACAAAGCACAGCCACCUCCAUACCUCCCCCCUCCACACAUUAAUCCUUCAAGCCAACCCAGUUGCUUUCAGAGCAAGAGCAGAACCUGCUGCUGGUGGUG